UCAAGGCUAUUGCACAUCCUGCUCCUCAGCGCUGGGCUGCAGCUCGAGGGAGAAGAGGCUGAAGCUGCACAAAGACCAUGCGUUGUGAGGCUGGAGCCGGUGCCCUGGGAGGGACGAUGCUGUGUGAGGCAGAUGCACCCGUGGCAGUUGCAGAACCAGUCCCUGUGGCUUGCUCUCAUUCGGAUCCUCAAGGGAGCGCUGAGGUGUCACUGGAUGAUGUACUGCUCAACUCAUCAGCUAGAACUGGUGAGGUCCACAGCAGCGAGACAGUUGAAGAUACUAAGAUGGAGAGAUCUCAGGUUAGUUACAAAGCCUCUUCACCUACCUCCAGUUUGUGGACAACACAACGAGAUGGAGAAGUCAAACUGAGGAUAACUGAGACAGGCCUAGGCAGCAAGGCACCAAAGACUGUGCAUGAGCUAUUCCAGGAAACUGUGAAGAAAUACCCCAAUUACUAUGCCCUUGCAUCCAAAAAGAAUGGCAAAUGGGUAAAACUAACGUAUCAGAUGUACUAUAAUGAAUGCUGGAAAGCAGCAAAAAGCUUCCUGAAGCUGGGACUAGAGCGUUUCCAUGGAGUAUGCAUCUUGGGAUUUAAUGCUGCUGAGUGGAUUAUUGCUGACGUUGCAGCUAUCCUUGCCGGUGGAUUUGCUGUUGGUAUCUAUGCUACAAACUCUCCUGAGGCCUGUUGUUAUGUAGCAGAGAACUGUAAUGCUAACGUGGUGAUUGUGGAAAACCAUAAACAGCUGCAGAAGAUCUUAGAAAUUCAGCAUAAACUACCUGAUCUGAAAGCUAUUGUCCAGUAUGGGGAAGCACUAAAAGAGAAGAGACCAAAUCUGUACUUUUGGAGUGAGUUCAUGGAGCUUGGCAGAGAUGUUCCAGACACUCGGCUUCAUGAAAUUAUCAAGUCACAGAAGCCCAACCAGUGCUGUACACUGAUCUACACCUCGGGGACAACCGGGCAGCCAAAGGGGGUGAUGCUCAGCCAUGACAAUCUGACGUGGACAGCAGUGGCAUCAGGAUGCAGCCUGUUGCUGGCAGAUGCUGACACAAAGCAGGAGCUGUUGGUCAGCUACCUGCCCCUCAGCCACAUUGCUGCGCAGAUGACAGAUAUUUGGUUGCCAAUGGUAUACGGAGCACAAGUCUUCUUUGCUCAACCAGAUGCAUUAAAGGGCACGUUGGUGGAGACGCUGCGGGAGGUGAGGCCAACGUGUUUCCUGGGAGUUCCUCGUGUCUGGGAAAAAAUGGAGGAAAGGAUGAAAUCCAUAGGUGCCAAAUCCUCAGCGUUCCGAAGGAAAGUGGCUGCCUGGGCCAAGGAAAUCGGGUUGCAGACAAACCUGGACCGGAUGAAUGGGCAUUAUGAUACCCCAAUGAACUUCCACAUAGCCAAGCACUUAGUGUACAAGAAAGUGCAAAAGGCCAUUGGGCUGGACCGGUGCAUGAAGUGCUACACAGGGGCUGCUCCCAUCUCCAGAGAGACACUGGAAUUCUUCUUAAGCCUGGACAUCCCUGUGCUUGAGCUGUAUGGCAUGAGUGAGAGUACUGGGCCUCACACAGUCUCUACACCUCACGAGUUCAGGCUUACCAGCUGUGGAAGAAACGUGUUGGGCUGUGAGACACAGAUCCAGAACGCAGAUCAACACGGCGUUGGGGAGGUCUGCUUCUCAGGCAGACACAUCUUCAUGGGCUACCUGAACAUGGAGGACAAAACCAAAGAGGCAAUUGAUGAGGAAGGCUGGCUGCAUUCAGGGGACCUUGGCAAGCUGGAUGUGGAUGGAUUCCUCUACAUCACUGGGAGAAUUAAAGAGCUCAUCAUCACUGCAGGAGGUGAGAACAUCCCUCCCGUUCCAAUCGAGGAUGCUGUGAAAGCCGCUGUGCCCAUCAUCAGCAAUGCAAUGUUGGUUGGAGACAAAGCCAAGUUUGUUGCUAUGCUUCUAACACUAAAGUGCAAUGUAAAUGCAGACACCGGUGAGCCAAGAGACGAUCUCACUCCAGAAGCCCUCGAGUACUGUCAGAAGCUGGGCAGCAAGGCCACCAAGGUCUCGGAGAUCAUCCGCACCAAGGACAAGGAUGUCUACGCUGCCAUCCAGAAGGGGAUCGCAGCAGUCAAUGAGAACGCAGUCUCCAAUGCCCAGAAGAUCCAGAAAUGGACCCUGCUGGAGAAGGACUUCUCUGUCUUCAGUGGAGAGCUUGGCCCAACCAUGAAGCUGAAGCGCCCGACGGUGCUGGAGAAGUACAAGAACCAGAUCGCUCAGUUCUACACGGAUGUGGAUGGGCCAGGCCCAGUGCGGAGCAGCCUCCGGCAGUAGGGGAGAGGCUGAGGCUGGGAAGGGGCUGGGAAGGAUCCCCUGGGGUCCCUUGAAAUAAAGGAGGCUCAGGCACACGCAGCCCCCUUCCCAUUCACAUCCCCCUGCAGCACAGUGGGGUGAGCACAUGCACAUCCCUGACUCUGUUCCCUGUUCCUUGCCCUUCCAUUUGUUACAAGGGGAAUCCAACCUUUCCCUUCCACCCAUGUUGUGUUUGAACCAAAGUUUGGAAUUCCUGAGCUGAAUGUAAACCCAGCAGGAGCCACUGUUUUCCUUCCUGUGUCCCCCAUCCCUCCCUGUGCAUGGCUGGCUGCAUGCUGGUGGCACCUGAGUUGUUCCCAUCCCUGUACCCACACCACAUCCUCCAUCACAGAGGGUGGAUGCUGGUGAAGGACCAUGUGGGACCUCGUGUUUCCUGGCUUUGUGCAAUACUUUUAUCUCCCUAAGUUAUCAUGAAGCUCUAAGUUGUGGUGGUGAAUGAGCAGCCUGGGGAGUGCUUUACACCAGGGGCUGCUCCUAAGGCUGGGUACUUCUAUGGGUGAACUCUGCCUGUAGUAUUACAAGUGUAGAAAUGGUGCCUGGCGUGGGCACAGCUCCAGAGGUUUUAUUCUUCCCAAGGUCCUGGCAGAGGCAUUUGCCCUGAAUCCAGAGGUUAGGACAUACGAGAGCAGCUUCAGCACUGGGGAAAGCACCCAGUACCAGGAGCUCUCUUCUCACUGGUUCUACAAGGCUGACUGGAGCCUGCCCAGUGCCUGGCAGGGCUGCUGCUCCCACCGGGAAUGAAGGAUCCCUUGGAUAAUGCCUUAUUUCAAAUUAGAGAACAUUCCUGAACACAAAUACUCUGAUUCCGAGUAAUGCAAAGGAGGAGCAGCCCCAGGAACAGCUCUGGAGCUGCAGCACUGCUUGGAUGGAAGAGAUGCUGUGGGGCCAGUGCCUGCUCUGGGCUCUGUGACAGGCAGGGGCCAUGACUGUAACCGGGUGCUCGUUCCCCUGUCUGAACCCAACCGGGCUCUGUUGUCCAGUGCAACACCCAAUAAAUGCUGCUGUUUGUGUCCUUAA